AUAAUAAUAUUGAGGGAGAACAGCAUACCGCAUUUGAUUGAUUGACUAAAGGCACAGUUGAUUUUGAGCAUAAGCUUUGUUCACUUUUACCAGACCUUGUCACGUUGAGGUUCUCAAAUUCUUGUUCACGAUCCAAGAUGGCUAUGAAAGCACCCCUUAACAAUAUUGUAGUCGGAUUGAGUCGUUGUACUCGAAAUAUGUUUGCUGCUGCAACAACACCACAAUGUCGAACUUACUCCAGCCAUGGAAAAAUCAAAGUUGAAAAUCCAGUUGUGGAAUUAGAUGGCGAUGAAAUGACCAGAAUUAUUUGGCACAGAAUUAAAAGCGAACUCAUAUUCCCCUUCUUGGACUUGGAUUGCAAGUAUUAUGAUCUUGGUUUACCUUAUCGUGAUCAGACAAAUGAUAAAGUGACGGUUGAAUCUGCAGAAGCCAUUUUGAAAUACAAUGUUGGUAUUAAAUGUGCCACUAUAACUCCAGAUGAAGAGCGUGUUAAAGAAUUUAACUUGAAACAAAUGUGGAAAAGUCCAAAUGGAACCAUACGUAAUAUUCUUGGUGGAACUGUGUUUCGAGAACCUAUCUUAUGUAAGAAUAUUCCAAGACUUGUACCUGGAUGGACUGAGCCAAUUGUUAUUGGACGUCAUGCUUUUGGAGAUCAGUAUAAAGCUGAAGAUCGUGUUGUAAAAGGUCCUGGCAAAUUUGAAAUUUCUUUUACUCCUGCAAAUGGGGAUAAAAAAAUUACAGUUGAUGUUUUUAAUUUUAAAGGUACUGGAGGAGUCAUGAUGGGGAUGUAUAACACAGAUGAAUCAAUUAAAGAUUUUGCACACAGUUGCUUUAACUACGCUAUUGCUAAAAAGUGGCCACUUUAUAUGAGCACAAAAAACACAAUUUUAAAACAAUAUGAUGGAAGAUUUAAAGACAUAUUUGAGCAAAUUUAUCAAGAAAAAUUCAAGGCAAAAUUUGAAAGUCUUGGCAUAUGGUAUGAACAUCGUUUGAUUGAUGACAUGGUUGCUCAGUGCUUGAAAUCCUCAGGUGGAUUUGUUUGGGGCUGUAAAAAUUAUGAUGGUGAUGUUCAAUCAGACACCCUUGCUCAAGGGUUUGGUUCAUUGGGUUUAAUGACCAGUGUUCUUUUAUGUCCUGACGGAAAAACAAUUGAGGCUGAAGCUGCUCAUGGUACAGUGACCCGGCACUAUCGUGAUUACCAAAAAGGAAAACCUACUAGCACUAAUCCUAUAGCUAGUAUCUAUGCUUGGACUCAAGGAUUGUCCCAUAGAGCAAAAUUAGAUGGCAAUCAAGAAUUAGAAAAGUUUAGCAAAGCUUUGGAAAAAGCUUGUGUAGAUUGUGUUGAAGAUGGAUUGAUGACAAAAGAUUUGGCUGGCUGCAUAUAUGGAAUCAAGAACGUUAAAAGAGAACACUAUCUACUAACUGACGAAUAUCUUGAUGCCGUUAGACAAAAACUCCUACAAAUUUGGACUCCUCCAAAAGCCUAAUAGUGUCCUCUCAAACUCGAAUUGAUAUAGUCUAAUUCAAAAUACUUCUAAGCCAAAUGUGUGUACUAAGUAUGAUUGUAAUAGGUGGAAUCAAAUAUUUUUGUAAAUUUAGGCAAUUUAGAAAAGUUUAUUUAAAUUUAUGUUUUAGAAAAAUUUUACACUUUUAAAUA